UUCUUCUUCGAUCGCUUGGAGCGGGCACGCGAGAGGAUACAGAACCCUUCCGAGGGCCACGCUGCCACAAGAAUGCUGAAGGCAAGGCACUUUUCGCGAAGCACCGGACACAAGGGCACCCGACCCGUCGCUCCCCCGCGCGCGGUGAGCUCGAGCGGCACCCGCACGAGGGGUGAGCUCAAGCGGCACCUGCCUGUCAACACAGGUCGACUCCGCCGAGUGCCCGCUGCGGUGCUCGGCCUCUUCGAGACCCCCCCCCCUGGCGGGAGCCAGGGGCGAGAGCGAGGCCUCGAGGGCGCAGCCUGUGGCUGUUGAGCGUGCUCGCGAGGGCAGCCCCCUACGCGCGCCAGCACCAGGGAAGCCUCCCAGGGGGCCGCGGCCCGAAAGCCAGCCUGACCGCGUAGGCGAGCGGAAACACGACCGCUUGAUGCGAGGCGUAUGUCGAGGAACAGAGAGCUGCAUGAACACCAGCUUACGGAGCUCCACGCGGACUUCUCCAUGCC